UGUGCAGCCUGCAGAACCAUGAGCCAAUCUAACCUCUUUCCUUUAUAAAUUACCCAGCCUCCAGUAUUUCUUUAGAACAAGGCAAAACUGAGAAUACCGUGAGUAAAAUACAAAGACCAUGGAUAACUUUUGAAAUCUAAAAACAUAAAAUUAAUAUUAUCUGGGGGAGUCAACACAGGAAAGAUGAGAGCACUUGGGCAGAGGCUGUUGACCAUUUGGUCACAUGUGGUCAGCAGAGAGCAGGUGACCAGCACCCUGGGGCUUUGCGGGAAGCACCAGACAGCCUGGAGCUGAGGUUUUAAUUGUAGGAGCCAAAACAAAUGGGGAAAAAGACAAAUUUAGCACACAAAGAAAGUAGAUGCUCAACUGAGCCAGGAGGAAGUCACUAGCGAAGAGGGAAAAAACAGAGCUCUGGAAAAAUAGUGUAAACAGUCACAAGGAAGGGAUCCUGUGUCCUGCCUGACAUCUGGACAGGUAUAUAAAGAGCCCAGCCUCAGGGAGCUCCACACCUGCACCUCCCUCUCACCUGCUCCUCUACCUGCUCUACUCUCAAUCCACCAGAACCAUGGGCUGCUGUGGCUGUUCCGGAGGCUGUGGCUCCGGCUGUGGGGGCUGUGGCUCUGGCUGUGGGGGCUGUGGCUCCAGCUGUUGUGUGCCCGUCUGCUGCUGCAAGCCUGUGUGCUGCUGUGUGCCAGCCUGUUCCUGUUCCGGCUGUGGCUCCUGUGGGGGCUCCAAUGGGGGCUGCUGUGGCUCUUGUGGGGGCUCCAAGGGGGGCUGUGGCUCUUGUGGGGGUUCUAAGGGGAUCUGUGGUUCUUGUGGUUGCUCCCAGCGCAGUUGCUGCAAGCCCUGCUGCUGCUCCUCAGGCUGUGGGUCAUCCUGCUGCCAGUCCAGCUGCUGCAAACCCUGCUGCUCCCAGUCUAGCUGCUGUGUUCCCGUGUGCUGCCAGUGCAAGAUCUGAGGCUCUGGACUUAGGUCUCAUGUGAGUCCUGCUAACCCCAUAUUCUGAAGCUGUGAUCUGUCCUUCAUCGUUGAGCCCCAAACCACUGCCCAGAGUCCAUUCCUCACUACAAGAUGAAGCCAUAUCUGGCUGCCUUUUCCUAAGGAGAGUCCACCCUAAUCAAUGUCCAUUGUCUCUCCUAACAAAUUCUCUUCCCAAGUCAACUGCAACUGCAGUUGAAUCACCCCCCUCGCCUGCUAGCCUCGCCUUUGCUUGUCUCUUCAGAGGCCUGAGCUCCUGAACCCACUUGCAGUCCUGUCUUUUCCAGCUGGAAGUAGCUGGGCAUGAGCGUCCCACCUGCAACAAGGUGGGUGUUUAAGAGGCUUCCUUGGAGUCCCUUUGCAUGUCCAACACUCUGCUUUAUCUUAAACGAAAAGUUGCAAACUAAUAAAAAUAC